AUGUCCGACGUUCAAAGCCGAUCCUCUGCUCGAGGCAGACCCUCCGCCCGUGGUGGACGUGGUGGUUACAGCAACAGAGGUGGCCGUGGUGGAAACAGCAGAUCCAAUGCCGAUAAUACCGAAAGCUCAGACAUUCCUUCUUUUGAUGAAGGUGAAAUUGGACAGAUGAAGCAGAAGUACUCUGACACUCUUCCUCUUCUCCGGGAGUUGUUCCCCGACUGGAAGGAUGAGGACUUGGUCUUCGCACUCGAAGAUUCCAAUGGUCAACUUGAGGAAGCAAUUGAGCGCAUCACUGAAGGCAACGUCUCACAGUGGGGAGAGGUCAAGAAGAAGACCACAGACCGCAGUCGCCCUAAGCCCAAGGAGGUUCAGAGCACCGCAGCCGAGUCGAAUGCAGCUCCCGUCCGCGGAGCCCGUGGUCGUGGUGGAUUUGAGGGCCGUGGUCGUGCCCGUGGAGAUCGGGGUCGUGGCGGUCGUGGUGGCCGAGCAGGUGCCCACACAAACGGAACCCGUGUCGUUAGUGCCGCAGAGUCUGUUCCCGCGGCGACUGCUGCGGCUGUAGCUGCUACACCGGCUGAGGCUGUUACAUCUACUGUUGGAGAAGAUGCUGCCAGCGAACCUGCUGCCGUACAGGUGGAAACUAAGUCUAAUGUGAUUCCUGAGGGUACAAAGACAGGAUGGGCUUCCUUGUUCAACACCCCAGCCCCUGCGCCUCAAAAGAAGCCUCCGCAGCCCGCUGCUCCAGCGCCUGCUCCGGUAUCUGCACCUGUCCCUGCCCCCGAGCAGCCCGUCGAACCUGUACCCGAACAGCAGGCACCUGAACCCGUUCCUGUGCCCGCAGCAGUACAGAAGACUCCCGUUGCGAAGCCCACCGAACCUGUCGUCCCUGCCAUCCCGACUACCGCUGUCAAGCCUCCUCAGGUUGACUUGACCGAAACCAACCUCGAGCAAAUUCCCGAUGUAUCUGCCCCCGCCCCCACUGCAACUGCCGCUAGCACUGUUGGCAGUGCUCUGGAUCCCAUUGCUGCUGCGAACGCCACUCCUUCUCGUGCCCCUCCCGCGAGCCUUCCCGGUAGCGCAUACAAGCAGGGCGUUCGUGCCCCUGGUUUCCAGCGUCGUGUGAUGGAACAACAGCAGGCUGUAGUCAUGCCUGGAAACCAUGCGGUCGAUCGUGCUGCUGUGCAGUUCGGUAGCAUGGGACUCAACGGUGAUGCUGUGGACAUUGAUGAGAACCGCGAGGAAGCCGAAACUCGCGCUCAGCCUCCUCAGCACUCUCCUGUUGCUCCUCGUGCUUCCCUUCCUCCUUCCACCCAAGCCUCUGAGACCACUGCUGCUCGCCCUGCUCCCGCCUCUGUUGCCGACUCUUCUUUCUCCGACUUUGGUCGCUACUCUGAGACCCAAAAACCCUACGACCCCUUCAACCCGCAAGCUAGCCAGCCUCAGCCAAUCCAGGAGCCUUUUGCCAACCAGGCCCCCACCCAGCCUGCUGCUACCACUGGCAGCGAGUACUCUCCCUUCUAUGCUGCUGACCAACGCUUCCCUUACUAUAACAACUACGGCACCUAUGGCCAGACUCAGGAUGUAGCUGCUGCUCCCCGCGCUGCUCCUGGAUUUGGUGUUUCUGGUGCUGAGGCUACUCCCCAGGUUCCUACUACUCAGGCCCCCCAGCCGUUACGUGGCCACAACACUCCUAACCCCACCGUUCCCGGUGCUACUCAGACCCCUGCUGCCGCCCAGCACAUGCCUGGUCAGAAUGCUUACGCAUACGGUUACAACCCCUACUACUCCAACCCCCACUAUGCUCAGUACAUGAACCAAAUGAACCAGCAGCAGUACGGCCGCAGCCGCCCUAUGUACGACGAUGCCCGUCGUUACGAUGAGCAGCAGCAGCAGCAGCACUACGGUAUGCCACACAACAACCAGUAUGGCUACGGUAGCCAAUACGGCCCCUAUGCUGGCAAGGGUGGCAUGUACGGUCAACCCCACGGCGGUUUCAACUAUGACCACACUGCCUCUCCUGCCAACGCUGCUGCCAGCUUCAACCAAGCCACUCCCGGACGUGACUCCGUUUACAGUGGCCGCACUGGCUCCGCUCAGCCAGCUGAUAACCAGCAGACCGCUACUGGCGCCAAUGCCUUUGGUGCUACCGGCAUGUCUGAUGUUUUCGGUCGUUCCCAGGCUGGUGGCUUCGGUCAGAACCCCUCUGUCGCUCAGCAGGCUCCUGUGACUACUGAAGAAACCAAGGGCUUCGAGGCACCCAAGGCUGGUGGCCCUAGCCCCUCUCUCGCUCAGGCUAACCGUCCUGGCUCUGCCACCAACAACGCACCUGGUCAGGCCCAGACUCAGACCGGCCUCCCCCCUCUGCAGGGUCAGCAGGGUCAGCAGGGAUUCGGCGGCUACGGCCACCUGAACCCUCAGUACGGCGGUCUCGGUGGCCUUAGCGGUCACCAGGCUGGUGCUUCUCAGCAGCAGCAGCAGCAGCAGCAGACCGGUGGCUACAACAACUACGGUGCUGGCUUUGGUAAUUACUACGGAAACAACCGUGGUGGCUGGGGUAACAACUACGGUCACUAA